GCUGCAUCCGAACCAGACAGAGCCAUAGUUGGAUUUUUUUAUUGUUUUUUUUUUUACCAACAUGAACUCGCUGUUUUUCUCCGAUUCUCCGCCCGGCCCGGUCUGCAACGUCCCCGCCGGGUCGGGCGCGGUGACCAGCGCCCUGCGAAAUGACCUGGGCUCCAACAUCCAUGUGCUGAAAACCCUCAACCUGCGAUUCCGCUGCUUCCUUGCCAAAGUCCACGAACUGGAGAGGAGGAACAAGCUGCUGGAGAGCCAGCUGCAGCAAGCUCUGCAGAGACCGCUGCACCGCCACCUCUACGCCCGCGAAGUUGCAGUGCAGACGGACGGUCCCGAGUCGCGACUGCCGGGCACCAUCUGGAGCUUCACCCACGUCCGGAGGCAAGGGGAGCGCUUUGAGACCCUGCACGGGCCCGGGGUGACGUGGACGCAUCCGGACGGAGUCGGGGUCCAGAUAGACACCAUCACCCCAGAGCUGAGGGCUCUGUAUAACGUGCUGGCCAAAGUCAAGAGGGAGAGGGACGAGUACAGGAGAAAAUGGGAGGAGGAGAAGUCCAAAAGAGAGCAGCUGGAGUCCACGGUGGAAACCAUGCAGCAGAGCGCCCAGGAGUCUUCUGAGGUCCAGGAUGAGCUUAGCGAGAAGGUGGACAGACUGAAGGCCGAACUCGUGGUCUUCAAGAGUCUGAUGAGCGAUGAAAUGUCUGACCUGGACACCAAGAUCCAGGAGAAAGCCAGGCGGGUGGACAUGGACAUCUGCAGGCGGAUCGACAUCACGGCCAAACUGUGCGACGUGGCUCAGCAACGCAACUCAGAGGACAUGUCAAAGAUGUUCAACGUCAGUCCCGCCAGGUCGCUCCCAGAGAGGGGCGCCGUGGCCUGCUGCAAGAGAAAAGAGCGUAAAGCCGUGUCUGAUGAGGAGAGUUCAGAGAUGGAUGCCGAGCCCAGCCCUUCAGAGGAGGAGGCCCCCGGGUCGCUCAACAUCACGGACGAAAUGAAACGCAUGCUCAACCAGCUGCGCGAGACAUUUGAAAUUGACGACGACUGCGACAGUCUGACGUGGGAGGAGAACGAGGAGACCCUGCUGCUGUGGGAGGACUUCACCAACUACAACGUGCCGUGCACCAUCGCCGCGACCGCCUGCACCAACGCCUGCCCCUCUGAAGGCAACGGUGAAGCCGCUGACCCAGACUCCCAGGAUGGAAGCCUUGGCAGCCUCAUUGAUGAAACAGAGUCACUAUUUAAGACCAGAGAGCAGGAGUACCAGGAGACCAUCGGCCAGAUCGAGAUGGAACUGGCCACAGCGAAGAGCGACAUGAACCGACAUCUGCACGAGUACAUGGAGAUGUGCAGCAUGAAGAGAGGCCUGGACGUGCAGAUGGAGACCUGCCGACGGAUGAUUAAAGGAGGCAGGAACUCUCCCUCUUUCAGCUCCGUGGCCAGCAGCGACUCAGGGAACACAGACGAGAUCCAGGACGAGAUUUCGGACAAGGACGCGGAGGCUGAAGUGCCCGUUAGUUGAUGGCCACAUAGGCGGGCUUUGUCCCAUCUCCUCCUGAACGCCACUCGUUCUCAUAUGUAUAGAGCUCCACCCUGCUAGAGAGGUGGAGCAGCCGAAAUCUGGGCCUGUUUGACCUAUAAAAGUUCUGAUGGUCGUGCUCACUGGUGCAGGCCCAGAACUGGUGCUUUCAUACGAUUUCUGUUGAUUAGAAAGUGGUGGCGGGGCGUCUUUGCUUCACGGAGAGAGAGGGUGCAAAUAGAGUCCGAGCUGUGCUCUCUUCCUCACUGCUGCCUCGCUGGAUCCUUGUCCAGAGCUUCACAUCAUUUUAAGGGAGAGGGAGAAAAAAAUAACGUUUUAAACUGGCUGAGAAGUAUUUUGUACAAAUUCUUACCCUAUUAAUGUCCUUUUUUUCUAAAGGAAUUGAAAAUAGUACAUAUUGUGCUCCUCCACACACCAUUCACAUACAAUCAUGUACUUUUUAAUAUUUGAUUUAGAUUGUCUGUGCCCCUCCAUUAGAACAUUGCUUUGUUUUUGACGUGACUUACAGAGGUCCGGGUGGGGUGUUUGCAGUCCAAGUUAAGCUGUUGGGGGUUUAAGCGGCUUCUGCCAAGGAGACAAAACACGGAGUGCAGACGAAUGGUGUUGGAGUUCUGGUGGUUUCUGAGGGAACUUUGCAGGGUUGCCAAAGUUGACAGAGGAAAGGAGCACAGCCUUUUGAUGCAUCAGUGCACUACUGAAGUUCUAUGCAAUUUAGCUGGCCUUAUUUUUGGACUGGCUUUUCACCCUUCCUUGUUUCCCUAAAAACCAAUACGAUUAGCCUUUUAAGCAAAGCAGGUGUUUUCUAUGUAUCAUUUUGAGAACUUUUUUUUUUUCUUUGUGCGUUUGAGUGUGAAAUGAUCUUAGAAUGGGACAUUUGUUUUUUUUCACGAACAUCAACAGUAAAAACUGGAACAGCGCCCCCUCAACAAGGGACUAGUAUCUUAAUUCAUGACACUAAAAGCGUUAGCAUUUGAUAGAUGCUUCUAAACCAGGCAGCGCAUGUUCUCCUUCUGAUGUACUUCACUGAGGAAACCUUCAUCUCGUCUUGUGCUGUUUAGUUUGUCAAGACAUGUAAUUUUAAAUGGCUAAGAUCCAAUAGUUUUUAUAAAGGAAAUCAAAUUGAAGUUGUCAGAGCCAAACGAUGGCCGCCAACGUCUUAAACAAAACCAAAGGACACAUUUUGAAAAGCUUCCCUCUUACAUAAUCUUCGCUUUUUUUUAUUAUGUUGGACAAACCGUUCCUUUGAGGUUUCAUAAUGAGACUGCUUCCUGCUGUCCUGCAGGGGACUCUGUUCCAGGCGGGUUGCACAUCCUGCUUUGUCUCUUCUGAAUCGGGGCUAAAAGUGUAAGACUGUACAUAGAGGGCUGUAGGCAUGUGAUCGUACACCCCAGAGGCCUUUUUGUUCAUAUUAGUCUUUUUGCAACAGACCGAGAUGUCUCUCAAUUUCGCUUUUCAGUGCUCUCGCUGGAUUAGCGUGGAAACUGAUCGACGCAUGGGGACAAAAGUGAUCUUUUUAUCACCUCUUUGUAUUAUAAUGUAUGUACGGUUUGCUGGAUCAAAGACUAAGUGCUACUUCUUUCUUGAAGUUUUACAGAAGCAGAAUGUUAAAAUACAGGCCUUUUGUUAUUUCAGCAUGUUUGUGUGGAGAAAAGGAGCUAUGGGUCUUUUUUUUUAUAACAUCUUUUUUUUUAAUUAAAUAGCUGCAAUGCAGUCUGUGCGCUACUUUUUUAAUCAAAACAGUGUCUAUCCUAAUCAUUAUUAAUUAAGUGUGUUUGUGGCAGAAAAUGUAUUUUUCACUGUUUUUUAAUCAUUCUCUGUUAACCAAAAAGUGUGCUAUUGCCAUAUUUUCUGCUGUUAUUGAUUUUGCAGGACUAUUAAACUUGUUCCAGACGUUUUGGUCACUUAUUGACUAUCAGCUCACCCCUAAUAAAAAGUAAUUGGCCGUAUAAAACAAGAGUAAGGAAGAGUCUUGCUCUCAGAGAACCUUCAUAUCCUUUUAUGUCUGAGUUGAUGUAAAACCAGCCUGAUAAGUAACAAAGAGCCAUUCUUUUCUUGGUACUGUACUUUAUAUUGACCACAUCAGAUGCUUUAUUUAUUGAUUGUACGGCUGUUAACCCCCCGGAACAUAGUUUGCUGUAUCUUACUCUUCUGUGUUGACACUGUAGCCCUCACCACUCUGACCAUCACACUAACCAGCCAACCAAAGCAAAGUGUACAGUGACAUGACAAAGAUGUAAAUCAAGCUAUGAAUCCUACUAACUCUGGAAAGUCUUAGUGUUUGUACAUGCUUACCACACGUUUGUUGAUUUUCCCAAAAUUGGAAACUCUUGCAAACUAUGAGACGUUACUUUAAGUGUAUUAUCUCCCUUUUCAUCUCUUAAAGCGGGUCAAAUCCCUUCAAUGUCCAGUCGAUAAACUGUAGCAACCCUCCUUAAUGAAUGUAGCUUGAUUGGAGGUGUCUUCUAAAGACCUUACAAGUAAAACCUGAGCAAAAACAACAUGUAGCUGUUUAAAUCCAGGGAUAUAUGGUGUGCUGUUACUUAUUGGAGACCUUGGUAUGUUUUGCUUUACUUAAUGUGACCUAUGUAAAUGAGGUCCUGGUGGAUGUGAAUGUUUCUUACUAAAAAGGGUUUUUAUACGAGUGGUUUUUAAUCAGUGUAGCACUGGCAUUAUGGGGUUAACUGUCGUGUCAACAUACACUUUUACAUGUUCAUCGGCAUACCUGUUAAAUGUCAUUAUUGCUUGUAUUUAAUUUCAGAAACAUGAUGGGGACAUAAAAGGUGCAGCAAUACUUGUGGCCAUAUUUGGGUAAAACCUACUGAACUGUAUUGGAUACUGGUCUUUGUUUCAUUUGCAUCACAGGCAGCAUCCUGUCGAGCGGUUCAUUUGUUUGCUUUAAGUUAACUGCUUUUCUCUCUUAGGUUUGUGGAUUGAUUAUUUUGUUUAAACCACUGAUACAAUGUAUUCAUGUGGGUCUGGGGCAGGUUGUUUCAAAAUUAUGAAUGUAAUCAAUUGAUACUGGGGAUAAAAUGAAAUAAAA